AUUAUAUUCUCAAGUUCUCACCACUUGUUCUGUAAUUUCUGAAAGAAACAAGAAUUGAUUUUGCAGUUUGUACGAUUAAUUUAGGAAUCGAUCGACAGUGAAUCGGAUUCAAAGAUAUGGGGGAUUCAGCGAGUGAGUACUCGCAGAACAAGAUAACAGAAGAGGUUUCCAGAGUGGUUGAGUUCGCCAAGGAAUUGCAGGAUUCGGCUUCAUCUCUGAUCACAAAGGCUUCCAGCGAAGAACAAGCUUUACGACUACGAGUUGUUGCUCUUGAUUCUAGUAUUCAGAAACUCCGGUCCUCGAUCGAUUCCGCCAUCAAGAAAUCAACUUUAGAUCGCAAGGAAGCUGAGAAGCUGGAUGAAGAACUAUACAAAGCGAAAUGCAUUCUAAGUGAUGGAGACGCAUCUUCGUACCUUCCAAGCAAAUAUAAUGGUAGUUUUCUGAAGAUGUUUCUUGGUCCUAUCAACGUACGUGCUAAUAGGAAAGACAUCCAAUUGAAAGUAAAAGAGGAGUACAACAGUUACAGGGAUAGAACUGCUUUGCUGUUUCUUCUUUUCCCAUCAGCACUACUUUUCUUGGGGUCCAAAUUAUGGAAUGGAUGCAUGCCGGCAUUGCCAGUUCAGCUUUACCAGGCUUGGCUAUUGUUUCUUUACACAAGUUUGGCUUUGCGAGAGAAUAUAUUGAGAGCAAAUGGAAGUGAUAUUCGCCCAUGGUGGGUAUACCACCACUACUGUGCUAUGUUGAUGGCACUUAUCAGUCUCACAUGGGAGAUAAAAGGGCAACCUGACUGCGCCAACAAGCAGAGAGGUGUAAAACUUUUCCUGAUAUGGGCUGUAAUGCAAGGUUUUGCUAUGAUUCUGCAAAAUAGAUAUCAACGGCAGAGACUGUAUACUCGUAUUGCAUUGGGAAAGGCAAGGAGGAUGGAUGUUGUGUGGGGAGAAACUGCCGGUGUAGAAGGUCAAUUGUGGUUGUUAUGCCCCCUACUGUUCAUUUUACAGGGUUUUGAAGCAUAUGUUGGACUAUUGCUCCUGAGGACCGUUCGGGCUGGUGUUGUUUCUGAAUGGCAGGUAGUUGUUUGUGGGAUCCUUCUGGUUGUGAUGGCAGUUGGGAACUUCACAAACACAGUACAGACACUCAUGUCAAAGUCAAAGGUUAAAGCAAAAAUGAGAAGAACAAAGAGCAGGCUGGAAUUAGAUCAGGCUAAGAGAUUGUGAGAUAAGGCAGAGAUUUUCUGAAGCCUCGAUGUUAUGCCAAGUUAUGUGGGGGAUAUUCAUUCUUGUGUUCUUGUUGAAAAUGUGUACGGGGUUUCUUAACAGAUCUGUUUUAUCAAUCAGGCAUCGGGGUCGGGGAAGUGAAAGUUACUCGGGAUGGCUAAUUAGCUGAUGGUCACUCAUGGUCUCUGUGCGCACUUUCUUUGGCAGGCCUAGCAGAUGCACAAGUAUUAUAAUGAGUCUUUGAAGCUCAAAAGUAAAUGUCAGCCAGUUUUGAGUUUAUUCAUGUUGGCUGUAAUAGCAAAUCUUGAUCUUUCCUUUGACAUAUAUUCUGUCCUUGGAAGAAGAGGGAUUGAUGAGAGGUAGGGCUUUUCGAUUUAUCACGGUUGGUUUUUUAAGUCUUCUGGUUUAGUUGGUUGCUUACUUAUUCUCUGAUUUUUCUGUAUCAUCGAAGAAACUCGUGUCUAAAUUUCAAAACCCUAUUUUUGCAACA